GAGCACCCUCCUCCUCUUCGCACAGCCCGCCUGAUCUCGUUCACUUUCUCUCUCUCUCUCUCUCUCUCUCUCUCUUUGUACCUCUAACUCUCUCUCUGCUCUAUCUUGUCUUUUAUCUUUCUUUCUCUCUCUUUCUGUCUCUUUCUGUCUGUCUCUCCUCCACUUCUCUUUAGCUGCCAGAAGCUCGCAGGCUCGCCGCUCAUCCUUCAGACACUGAGGAUUCAGAAGCACCCGGGACGAAGACUUUGUCAGUGGAGCAGCUAAGAUGGCAAUGAGCAGCAUCCUCAACGCUGAUGACAUCAAGAAAGCUCUAGAUGCAUUUGCAGUUGCUGACUCCUUUGACCAUAAGAAGUUUUUUGAGAUGGUGGGUCUGAAAGCCAAGUCUUCUGAUGAUGUGAAGAAAGUCUUCACUGUGUUGGACGCUGACAACAGCGGCUUCAUUGAGGAGGAGGAGCUCAAAUUUGUCCUGAAGGGUUUCGCCAAAGAUGGCAGGGACCUGACAGACAAAGAAACCAAAGCAUUUUUAAAAGCAGCCGACAAGGAUGGAGAUGGCAAGAUUGGAGUCGAUGAGUUUACUUGGCUUGUGAAAGAAUAAAACAUCAUCUAGUGCGACUGACUAGAUGAUUCAAGAUCACCUCCUAACCACCGCUACAUCCUGACAGCUGCUGGGCCCCUCUUCCUCCCCGGCACCCACACCUCAGCUGCCCACUCCAACUGCAGGCGAUUCCUGCUACACACACUCCUCUUCCUCACCCUCUCCCACACUGCUGUCUUCACUUAAUGCAAUGCUGCACUAUAGGAAGUAAGCUGUGGUGUGCUGGCCCUCACACACACACCCUCAAAUGUCCUCAUUGCUAUUUUCAUCCUAUUUAUUUAUCCUUUUUAUACUAACUGUUCUUGUUUCUGUUUAUGUAUAGGUAUAAGACAUCCCUGCAGGAAUAAAGCUCACAUUUUAAUGCAUAAAGUAGAUAUUCAAAGUUAACAGAGAUUAUAAGAGAAAGACCUUCAUUUCCCUCUGUAUUUACCCUCUUUCUUAACUCUUCAUUUUCUUAUUUUCUUAGCCAAAUCUUCCUCUUGCUUUUCUUUCUUUCUCUCCCUUUUCUUUCUUUCUUUCUUUCUUUCUUUUUUAUUUUCAUUGUCUCUCCUCUCUAUUGAUUUCACUUAUGGUACUGUUCCCUUCCUCCCAUUCGCUCUGUCCCUCCCACACCAUUACCUCCACCCAUCCAUCCAUCCAUCUAUCUAUCUAUCUAUUCAUCCCUCUCUCCUCUGGUAAUGAGCUGUUGUAAAACAUACCAAAAGAAGAAAGAGGUUAAGCUGUGAAAGAAUCAAAUAAAAUGUAAAAAAAAAACCCCAAAGCCUCCAGAACACUGACUCACUAAGACUCUUCUGUUAAUUCUUUGCUCUGAUGUGAUUCUUCUUUCUCUUUUUCCUUUCAAUCUAGCUCCCAUUUUCUCCUUCCUUUCUCUAUUUUGCUGUCACUUUUACUCUUAUCAAGCAGAACAAGCAGAACAUAUCUUGACAGGAAUCUCAUAAUGUAUAAAGGGUGUACUUUAAAAAGUGAGAAGGUCAAAAUUAGCCUUCAGUGUCAUUUGCUAGUAUUCAUUAGCACUGGCUGAGUCUUCUAAGCAGUGUCGGGAGAAACAAAAAUUAAGACUCUCUCUGAGGAGCGUCACUCUGCCAGCCUUUUCUUUGCAGGCCAUGCUGCAUUAUGGAUGCAACUUCAGUGAAAAACAAAAAGGAGGCGGAGGACACAAUAUUCCACUUGCCAAAGCAUCUUUACUCAGAAAUGCUGCGCUAGUUUAACAGAACCAUGCUGUCAAACCAUUAACAGAAUUGGAUUCACACUAAGGUUCAAUUUGGGUUAAAUAUCCCCUGUGGAGGGCCCAAACAGGCAUCGCGGGAAUCCUGAUCUUCUUUAGCAGGCCAUUUCACUGCCUGAGCAAAUAAAUACACGUGUGGCUUAGGGGCUAUCACUUAAACUGUUCAGUGUAGUGUGUGUAGUUCAGACAAGCUCAUUAUUGGUCCCAACAGACUGUCAGGAGAGUGAGGGUUUAUUGGAAGUGGCAUGUAGUCAUCUUUAACCUGUGAUGAAGUGCAACAUAUGCUCCUAACUGUGUGACAGAUAAGAGUGUGACUUACUUUAAAGGGCUCUGAUAACAUUUUCUCAACCAGAU